AUGGAUGACUUUCAGAAAAAGGCAAGUGCCAGGACAUACGAGUUGAGUAUCUACCAGAAGGAUCAACUUGAUGCGUACUUCUAUCGGCACAACAUCAAACUGACGAAAAAGAACCUCAAAAGUGUUUCUAAGGUGCUAAAUAUUCCCCACCGCCGGAUUGUCGAUUAUGUUAACCAGCGACAGAAAGAGACGCAUGAGAACGUGCAUGAAGACUAUCUUAAAAUGUCCGAAGCGUUAGGAGAGAUCAAUAUGCAAAUCAAGGAAAUAUGGAAAAGAUUCGAACGCGCAUAG